AUGGAUAGAGUUUCUGUUUGGGAUCAUAAUGUGGAUGCAACUUGUGGGCUCUGCAAUGCUUCGCCUGAGUCUAGAAAUCAUCUUUUCUUUGGAUGUUCCUAUUCUUCUCAGCUCUGGGAAUAUCUUUCUUACGGUCUUCUUCGGAGUUCCUACUCUAACGACUGGUCGAGCAUCAUGCCGUUGCUGUGUCAAGAUGAUAAGGGGAGGAAGUGGUCUUUCUGUAUCAGAUAUGCAUUUCAAGCUUGUCUCUAUGCUAUUUGGAGGGAAAGAAACAAAAUAAAACAUGGAGAGAGAGCCACGCCUGUGACAAUACUAAAGAAACUGGUGGCGAAGAGUAUUAGGAACAAGCUGAGUUUGAUUGAGAAUUAUAGAAGAAAGGGUAUGGAGGGUGUUCUUAUUUUCUGGUUUGAAGCAAGGUCUUAG